CAAACAAUCAAGAUGGUCACUUAAAUUUUCUACAGUGGUGAAAACAUAUUCAACAAUCCUGCACAACUUGAACUUUAUUUCCACACAGGACAGAGGAUAACCGAAUCAUUUGUGAAAGAACAAGAAGAGAAGAUAUCAGCAUUUCAAAAAAUGGAAGCUAUUGCAGCAGGUUUUUGGGGUUUUCUCGUCUCUUUGCUGACUGCCAUGGCUUUUGUGUCUUUGGCAUCCAUCCCUCUCCAGAUAGCGAUGAUAGUUAUUGGAGCAAAAUACAAAGACGAUUGCCCAGUUGAAGAAAUGAUCCCUAUUUACCUCAUAGUAGCGGGAGCUGCUAGCCUAUUCGCCAAUUGUUGUACCUGCGGUGUGAAAUACAACCAGCAAGAGAAUGAUGGGCAGACUGUAAACCCACUGCAGGCUUUGGUGCAAUUUUUUCUUUUCGCUUGGUUCAUUUGUGGGAAUGUAUGGAUUUACACAAACUAUGAGCCGAAUUACACGGACCCAUCAAGUCUGGGCUACUGCCAUAAGACACUUUAUCUAUUUGCAUUCUGGGCCACAAAUUCUGCCUACAUUCUUCACGGAUUCGUAUUAGUCUGUUUCUGUUGCCUUGGGACUUGCACGGCCGCUGCAGGCGUCGCUCAAGUAGUAUAGAUGUGUAAAGAUCUGAAAGGAGAUUACUUUCAUGCCGAUGCUAAUAAUAAACAAAAAACGAUGAACACGAAAUAUUCAGUUUUCGUUGUUAAAAUGAAGGAUUGAAAGGAAAGAAUGAUUUGCCUCACUGAGUCAAAUAAGUUGCGACACUGUGAUGGGUAAUUAGUAUAGAAUUUAUUUAUUCUAAGGCAAUUGUUGCUUGCUUUGAGGUCAUUAAAUUUUCACCCUAUUCA